AUGGCGCCCUUCUGGGGGGCCCCGGCGCGGGAAGCCCCGGGAUCCGUCCCGGUGACCCCCCCCCCACCCCCACGCCGGCGGGCACCGGGGAACCCGCGCGGCCCCCGAGCGCCUUUCUGCCGCGCGCGGGGCCGGGCGCAAGGCGUGGGGGAGUCGAAGUUGGACGAGAGGAGAGCCGGGCGUGGGGGGCCCCAACUUCACCCGCCGCGUGUGCGCGGGGAGGACAUCUCAGAGGGGAGGGCGGGGGGCGGCGUGGGAAAGUCCGGGGCGAACUUGCUGGGGUGCCAGGCGAAGUUGGUCCUGCAGAUGCUCUGGGAGCCGGCCGUGCCCGCGGCUCAGAGGCGUGUCGGCGUGCCCCCGGUUCGGAGGAGGACGGGAGGACAGCCCUGGGUGCGCGCUGCCCGAGCCGCUCAGAACAGCCUUUCUCCCCAUUCCCGGUUUUCCAUCGAGCUCCGGCGCCUGGCACGGAAUGCACAGUCUUUUAAACCUCUGGAGGGCUCGGAGCCGUUAAAUGUGUGUGCAGUUGAGUUGCGUGCCGCGCUGGAAACCUCCCGCAGGUCUCCCCGAGCCGCCUGCCUUUCGGGAGAGCAUGUUCAGGCUGACUUAGAGCUCGGCUCGCUGAGGAGCGAUGUCAGCGGGCUGGGAGCCGAGCGUUCGCACCGGAACGCGGCGCCUGACGGCCGGGGGGACGGCGGAGCCCUGCCCUGA